UAUCAUUACUUGCCAAAACACAUUUAAAGCAUAUGCUGCAACUUUUUAUGGACAUAUUAUAAAUAUGUCUACUAUGAGGUUUGCAAGUUGCUGCUUUUCACUUCUGUAAUAUUCUCUGCCGGCGUUUUGUUAUAAGCGGCCGCCUUCUGGCCGCAGUGUGUCCACCAAGGUGGAUGCAUAUACGGUACAAGCAAUAGAUGUACUGUUCUUGACUCUAAUAUCGGUUUGCAAUGGUAUCAAAUGCUGGAUCUGUGGUCCCGGUGACCCAGGCCCUGGCCGUUGGUCCUACAAGUUCUUACUUUUCUAGUAUUCCUUCUAGCAAUGGAUUUUUGGACAAUACAGAACGUUGUACGUUGAUACCUGGUCUCUUUGGACUUACUAUUCAGCUGGUGUUAUGCGUAAUAUCGAUUACAUUUGUGUUUUUGAAGUACGCAUUUGAAACGCCAAGGCGCCCUCCUUUAGUAUUUCUCAUGGACUUUGUCACUAUGAUGUGUGGAUCUGGUACUGUUCAUGUACUGAACAUUUUAUCUUCUAUUCUAAUUCAGCGUUUUCAGAAUGGAAGCGAGUCAGAUAUGGGUGAUGAGUGCAACAUCUACUUCAUGACUACAUUAUUUGAUUCCACCUUUGGGAUAUACAUCGAAUAUCGCAUUGUGCGUUACUUGGCUAUUCGUAAGGAAGCGCAGCAUUAUUUGGAAUUGACUCGUAAAUCGGUUUUUAAUCCGACGAAUGAAGAAUUGGCUGACGCUACGCGUAUAGCUACAGCAGCUCUUACUAGGGGUGUUCCAGUUCAAGGCUUUUCUGGCGACCUGGAGAACCACAGUGGCGGGAGGCGGAAUGACAGCAGCGGUUUCGGCGGAAUGCAGCAGGAUACAGAGCGUGUCAGCCGCUGGAGUCAAUUGCUUUCUGUCAUUACUGAUUCUGGUCAAUGGUUCCGUACCAUGGGUAAUAAGAAAUUCCUCGAGAACUUGAUAUCCUGGUUGGCAAUUGUCUGUGGACUCAAAAUUAUCAGUAUUACAUUAUUUACUAUAUUUUCUGGUGCUGUUAAUUCUGCUGGCGAUUUCCUACUUGGGUUUUUACACAAGCAAAACACUCUGAAGCUGUUGUUCGUGAUGAUUGGUGCACCAUUGGUACUGAACGUCUUCCAAUAUUGUAUCACGGACUCCAUCAUAAAGAUAAAGUCUAACGAACGUGCUCGUGCGGCUGAAGAAUGCUAG